GUUUAUAUGUAGGCUCUAUGAGACUCCGUCUGUUUCUUUUCUACUUAAUGUUUUUACAGCUGAAGGCUACUUUUAUUUUUACGUUAAACCAGGGGACUUCCGGUUAUCGCGUUUGGAUGUUUAUGGACUUUGAGCUGAUAGGAAUUAUCAUAAACGACCGUGGUUUGAUCUAGCCCCGUUAAAUUAGUCAGUCUACAGUUUAGAUACAUUUUUUUAAAUACUCUAUUAUUCUGUUUUCCGUCACCAGGCUGCUUCCGUACCGAUGGCUGCUUUGGAUCAUCAACGUAAUCAUCUUUACUACAUCAACAAAAUAGUUGAGGCGCUGAGUAGUAGUGAAUGCAGAAAGUUGCUUUUCCUGUGUGACAGCACGAGCGCAGACAGUAGUGUACAGUCCGUGAGGGAGACUCUAAAACUCCAAGUUACUUGCCACGACAAUGCCAGCCAGUUCCUAGCAGAGGUCAUUUGGCGCAUGGGCAGAUAUGACAUUUUGAAGGAGCUCUUUACUCUGAGCAGGAAUGCAGUAGAACAGACUCUGGAAAACAGACAAGUUCUCUCAAAAUUCAGAGUACUGAUGGCCAACAUAAGUGAAGAUCUAGACACAGAAGACUUAGAACAGAUAUUGUUCUUAUUAAGCACAACAUUGCCACGUGAGAAAAGGGAUGCAAAGAGUUUCUUGGACGUGAUCGUUGAACUUGAGAAACUUGAUUUAGUUUCCCCAGAGAGAGUGGACAUGGUUGAGGAGUGCUUGAGGAACAUUUGCAGGAUCGACCUUGCCAAAAAAGUAUCCACAUAUAAAAAGACAGCUCAGAGAUGUGACCAUCAUUCACCUCAUCAGCAAAGUAGUAAAACCUCUGAAAGAAGGCAAGGAAAGGCCAUAAACAUAGUCAGAGAAAGCCCACCAACAUCUGAAUGCAGACAACCAAGCACUACGAGUCAGCUUGAGCAAUACAGCUUGAACAGCAAGCCGAGAGGACUGUGUGUGAUCAUAGACUGUGUGGGUUUUGAUCAAGGAAUGUUGGAGCAGACCUUUAAGGCUCUUCAUUUUAAUGUGGUUCUCCAUCCCUUACUGGGUGGCAAACAAAUUAUUUCAUGUCUCACCGAGAUACUAAAACAAGAGCAGAACCUGAAAGGCGAUGCUUUCGUCUGCUGUAUUAUUAGCCGUGGUACGGCUAAUCAUCUACUGGGCAUAGAUUCGUAUGGCAUGGGGGUGUCCCUGGACCACGUGAGGCAAAGCUUCACUGGCAAUGCUUGCCCCAUGUUAGCUGGCAAGCCCAAACUCUUCUUCAUCCAGACCUACAGCCUUGAUGAAGGGGGGUCCUGUGACCGUAUUGAGCAUCGAGAUGGGGAUAUAGAGAUAGAUGGCUGCAAUGGACCGUUGACAUCGAGUUACAUCCCAUCAGAAGCAGACAUGUUCUGGAGUCACUGCUUGACAGAUGUCAGUCAGCUGGACCAGGGAGGGCAUCACUCUGUUUAUCUCAGGACUCUGACUGCAGCGUUGGAAAAUGCCAGAAUAAGGAAAGCUGAUCUGGUCGAUGCUCAUACCAAAGUAAAUGGAGCCGUAUAUGAGCACAACUCGAGAAAUCCCACAUCGGUUUAUCACAUCAGUGUAAAACACACUCUGAGAAAAAGUCUCUAUUUACUUUAGAAAUUCAAACCACAACCCUGACCAGACUCCCAGGAUUCACAGCACUACACUCAAGAAGGAUAUACUUGGUUUAAGUUCUCUGAAGAUAUACUGACAUCUACUGGGUGUUUUUAUGCAAACAUCAUUUCUGUUUUAGAUGAAGGAAAAACAAAAAAAUUGUCUGUAUUUUAUGUGGGAGCAAUUUAACAUGAUAAUCUUUUUUUAUUAACACAAAUGAUAUAAUGAGACAAAGCAAUCACCCUUAAUUUACAUAUUAUGUAAUUUAUUUAGUUCAGUAUAUUACAUUUUAUUGUUUUAUACCUAAUAGUGCAGCUAACAGUUUUUUUUACAUUUAUUGUUUUAUUAUUAUGUUAUUUAUUUUUUACUUUAUACUUUUAUAUUUCAUAAUACAUUUUUACCAUUUGCAAUUAU